AUGUAUACGUACCCAUACGGCGCCCCCGCGUAUGCCGUGAUGACGACAGCACUUCCACCACAACCGACGCAGCUGCCUGCACAACCACCGGCGGCCCCACCUCCAACGGCUCCGCCCUACCUCUACGCGCAACCGACGGCAGCUCCGACACCCGCGGCGCAAACGGCCUUCCUUCCUCCACCUCCGGCUCCAGCACCCCCCCAGCCUGCCACGUACGCCGUGACGUCAUAUGCGGCGCCACAGGUUCAACCGUACCCCCAGUCAACACCUCCCCCGCAGAACGCCCCGGCCCCGCAGCAGUACGCCCCGACUGCUCCCCAGGCGUAUCAACCAAACGGACCCCCGCCUCACCAGUACCCACCUCCCGGUCAGACACACUCCGCACCCCCACAAACCUUCCAGAACCCUCCGCAACCGAAUCCCCCAAACGGCGGUUACGGUCGGCCGAACAGCCAGUGGGACACGGAACCUCCCCGCUGGAACCCGAAUCCCAACUGGCAAACCGGAAACGUUACAGGACCUCCCAGCGGUACCAACGGACCGCCAAACUGGAACCGGAACACGACUCCCCCCCCAAACGCACGAGUCGAGCUCUACCCAGCCCGAGGCCCUGCAAACAACGACUUCCCCCCCCUGCAACCACGACAGGCUUAUCCCCAGCAGUUCGCACCCCCACAGAGAAACACAGGCCCACAGUGGAACGGCGACCGGCAGCCCGUCAACGAGACGGCAAGACCCAAACCGGAAGCACCCUCCGGCGGUCCAAUCCGGCACGCCCCCCGUCAGCAGAAUCCACGGAGCAGCGGAACGCGCCCCCCGGUUACUACACCGUACGAGAAACCCGCCGCCAAAGCGACCGUCCUACGGCAGUCGGUGAUGCCCUAUUUCACAACCGUCCAAGGGGAGUUCACGCAGCUAUGUGUCAACACAGCUCAGGAUAAACCCUGCACCGAACCCAAGUGCAAAUUUUCCCACGCCCCCAAGCACGAACGACCAUGCCCUGCCUUCCACACGCCAAAGGAAAAGUGCUCCUUUGACAGCCGGUGCCUACUCGGUCACGCAAAAGCACGUGAGGCGGUUAGGCAAUCCAAAGCCUUCGCACGACACAAGGAAUGGCAGUCUCAGGUUAAAACUACCCCCGGAACGUACGGAGAUAACGAAGUCGCAGAAUCCGGAACCGGAAAGGAAACCCUCCCCAAACCCCGUAACGAACUCGCCCUGGAACCAGCCCCGAACCCGCAAAACAACACCGGAAAUCCGGCAGUUCCGGCGGCUACGGAAAACACUCCUCCAACGGCACCCCAGGGCCCUAACCCACCUGAAGGGAUCCCCCCGCCGGCCAACUCAAACCUCGACAAUAACCCAGCGGUUAACUUCCAAACCCUGGCCCAACAAAGCACCAAACGCGGACAGGAAGACGAACUUCUCCGCCUUUCCCUCCUAACCCAGGCGCUCCAAGCAGACGUCACCAACCUCCAAAAGGCCCAGGACUCCAAGAACGACGAAAUGCGGACGCUCCAGACGGCCAUGGGCUCCAUCCAGGCGGAGAACACCACUCUCCGUCAAGAGAACGAAAGGCUUUCCGCUCUGAUUGCCAAGACUGCCAAGGCAGACGGUGUAGCCACGCGCCGCAACAAGAAAUCCCCCCAGGACACCUCCGCCGGCGGCAACUCAGCCGCUCUCGCGGGCGCAUCGGGUGCGAACAGCGCGGCGCACGCGCCCGGCAACGCCGCGGCCGCCUCACCACCGCAUGACGUCAGCACGCCCGGCGUACGCAAAAGACUGACCAAGUGCUUCUCUUCCCCCCCAGGGGAAUUCAUGUUGAGGGGGACUGGUGCCAUGCAGAUCUUGGAAGAGGAGGUCAUGGAGGCGCCCUUCAAAGAGGCCGCUGCCGUGAUCUCCAUUGGGACCGUAGACCUCUUCCCAGGAACCUGGGCGUCAUGCUGUGCGACCAG